CCAAAUCCCAAACACAGACAAGACAGCAGAGGGGAAAAGAGAGAAGAGUGAGUGAGAGAGAGAGAGAGAGAGAGAGAGAGAGAGAGGGAGAGCGAUAGAAUGGAAGUAGAAGGAAAGACGACGCCGUCGAGGUUCAAAAGGAUAUGCGUCUUCUGUGGCAGCAGCUCAGGGAAGAAAGCCACCUACCAGGAAGCUGCGGUUGAGUUAGGCCAGGAACUGGUGGAGAGAAGGAUUGAUUUGGUGUAUGGAGGUGGAAGCGUGGGACUGAUGGGCCUUGUUUCUCAGGCUGUUCAUGAUGGUGGGCGCCAUGUUCUAGGUUUAAUGAAAAAAUUGGGUUUUGGGUUGCAGAUAACGGGGCAGUCGGUUGGAGAGGUUAGAGCUGUAUCAGAUAUGCACCAAAGGAAAGCCGAAAUGGCACGCCAAGCCGACGCCUUCAUCGCCUUGCCAGGAGGCUACGGAACCCUGGAGGAACUGCUUGAGGUCAUUACGUGGGCUCAGCUUGGCAUCCAUCGCAAGCCCGUGGGGUUGUUGAACGUGGAUGGAUACUAUAAUUCAUUAUUGAGUUUCAUCGAUAAAGCUGUGGAUGAAGGGUUCAUCUCGCCGAUGGCACGUCGCAUUAUCGUGUCCGCGCCAACUGCCAAAGAAUUAGUCAGGCAACUUGAGGAAUAUGAACCCGAGUAUGAUGAAGUAACAGCCAAGCUGGUGUGGGAGGAGGUGGACCGAAGAAACUACGUGGCCGAACCAGGCGUCGCCACGUGAUGAUAAUGGCGCCGGAGGGAAUCGGAGGUCGGUCUGGCGUUUUGAUUAGCGGAGGGGGUGUUUUUUGGGGCCGGCGGCCGGGUGGCGAAUUUGAUUACUGCUCAGUACAUAUUUUGCUCUUCACAGGUGCAGGUUUGGGAUUUGCCACAGAGGAAGGAAGGAAGGUUGGGUUGGUAGGGAGGUUUGAAUUUGAUUGAUUAAUCUGCUUUUGGGGGUCAGCAAUGUAGUGGUGGGGUGAAUUAAUUAGUCUAUGAUAUUGUUAGCGGAAAGGGAGGAUGGGAAAGAAAGAGGGGAAGAGUUGGGGGACUGGAAUCGGAAUGGGAAUGGGAAUCUGUUUGUCCCUUUUUGUAAGGAAUUGAAAAGUGAAGUGAUGAUAAUGGAUGUCGACUAAAAGUUGGGAAGCUUCCUUUCCUUCUUUCUUUCUUAAUUAUGUUUGUUUGCUG